GUUCGCCCGCCAAUCCCGCUCUUUUUCUGGCCGUGGCCGCGGAACGCCGGCGAUCCGACAUCGAUGACUUUGGCACCAUUUUGUAAAAACGCGCUGCGCAGUGCGCGCACAUGCCCGUGAUGCGAGCCGCGAGUGUCAAUCCCGCCUUCGUCGUUCUGCUCCGUUCUCCCUCCCGCGCGGCCCGCCUAACCUAAGCGUACCACGCGGGGAACAAGUUAACCGUGAAGGUCAGCUUGCGCGAUGUCAACAUGUGGUGGCGCUACUUCCGCAUUGAGUCCGCGAGGAGAGAGAGAGAGAGAAAGAGAAAGAAAGAAAGAGAGAAUGUGUGCGUGUGUGUGAUUGAGAGUGUGAGCAUUGGACGAGGGUGAGGGACGUGCGAGCUGCGAGUUUGUGCGUGCGAGUUCCUCCGCGGAGAGCGACGACGUUCUGCGCGUUUUCGCGGUUUGAAAAUGACAGUUGAAUCGAGGGGGAAACCGCGAUCGCGCCGCGCGGCUAAAUAAAUAAGUAUAUCGCCGAUCGCGGUCGGGAAACCGGUGCGGAUUGUCGCGGGUCAGUCCAGUUUCUCGAAUUGUGCACCUGCGAGCGAUACGUUCGUUAACGGCGCGAGUCUAUCGGACUAACCUCCCUUCAGGCGCGAGGGUACCUGAGGAUAAUUGAGGGACGUUCACGGUCCACGGUGUCCAGGUCCAGGUCCAGGCACGGACCUUCGAUUUAACAUGAUUUGCGAGGAGAGAAAGAUCGUGUACGGACGGUACACGAGAAGUCUGAAACUGCGUUUGGAGCGUAUGGAAAGGCGGGUGAGCCUUCAGAAGCUGAGAUCCGAGUGUAGCGAAAAUUCUACCGGUUCAGAACAUUUAGGCGCCUGCUCGCCCACCAGUGUCAAUUCGGUCAACGUACCUUCGACCAGCGAACUCCACAGGAAUGUUCAGUGCGAGGGUAGCAAUACCCUGCACGAGAGCUUCAAGAUACGCCUCAACACUAGCGGCGGCAUCACCACCGUCAAGCAAGAACCGCACGAUAAUCAAAUUAAACUGGAGAUAAAGCAAGAGGUUGAUAACGAGACGAGGUUCGAGUGGGAAGAGAAAAAGAAGAGACGAUCGGACCCGACUCCCUUGUCUACGGGGAGUAAAAAGAAAAGGGGGCUCUCCUGCUCGUCCACCAUAAGUAACGACGGAGUGCAAGAAAAGAUAUUAGGUCAGACUUUGCACGAAACCAAUAGAAAGAGCGACAAAAAGGCGAAAUCUCUCGUGAAGAAGGAAUCCUUUCUCACGACGGAGGAACACUACUAUACAGCUGUAGGAGACCCAGCUUAUACGUUACAUUUUAAACAGUCUAGCCCAGUAGAACCGAGUAAUUCGUUAGAAGUUCCAAACUGGAGAGUAAAAAUGUAUACGAGUUGUUAUACAAUGGAGGGAACUGAGAAUUUGGAUGAUGAAAUUUUUAAUAAGAGACACUUGAAAUUAGAGAAUGACGAGAGGAGGAGAAAGCGGUGGGAUGUACAAAGGAUAAGGGAACAAAGACAUAUAGAGAAGUUAAAACAACGACAGGAGCGUCAAAAUCAUCAAGCUACGUGCUACAAUACCAAUCAUACUGGUCCUUGUCCCUCGUCCAUGGAGGAGGAAACUAUAACGUCCUUGUGGCCUGACAUAGAACAAAUUCAAAGUCUCCAAGUAGAUUCUCAUUUGCCAGUAACUGCAUUUGGCGCUCCUAUUCCUAGUUUCACUCCAAGUGAAUUUUCUUUACCUUGGUCAAAUAUAACACGAAUAAAAUGUCGACGUCCUAAACGUUCAACGGGUAGAAGAAAAUCUACAUGUAGAAGAAAAGUUUAGGAGAUAUACAAUUUUUUUUUUUUUAUAAAAGUGGACAGAACUGAUUUUAUCGGUAUCGUCGGUUUUAAACUCUUGAAAAUACUAUUGCUCCCUCUCACGCCAUAAUUAAAACAGUGUUUUUCGUUGCGAAAUAGGGGCACCAAAGAUAUUUUUAUUGACUUUUUAAUUAUAUGCAAUAUAGUAUAGUUUAUCUAUUUUUUCUACAUUUUUAUUUAAGUAAAUUCAUUGACAAUACUUGUUUGAUACAUCUAUCCUAUUUACAUUUUGUACUCGGUGUUGGUCAUUUUAUUUAUGUAACUGUAUCACAACGUAACGAAAUAUUAAUUCGACAUGUUGAAUAUUUUUUCAACUAUAGACCAUACUUCCGUGUCAUUUUCAGUGAGUUGACGAUAUUUGCAAAACUUUUUUUGAACGCUACAGAUAUGUGGAGCACUUUAUAUUAUUUUGUAACUGAAUACAUUCUUUGCUAUAAAUUAUAAAAAUUGAUUAAUGAAACCAUGUCUAUUGAUAAUAUACACUUCGUAAAAAUAUGUUAUAAAACAAUGUUACAUAACGGAAGAAUAUGAUUUUUUUUUUAUCUUGUGUAGCCCUUCUUAAUAUUUUAUAAAUUUUGCAUUUUUUAAUAAUUUAACAUCAAAGGAUGAUAUUCUUGAACAAUUAAGCGUUGUCGCAAAACGUGCGUUUGGUUAACUCUAAAAUUUACAGUACAAAUGUAUAGUAUAGAAUGUUUCAGAAAAUGUGCGCUUCCUCUCACUAACAGAUUAUUGGGUGAAAUUGACAUUCUCUUUUGCGAAAAUUUGAUGGCCUAAUGGAAUAACUUUCAUAAACUUUUCGCUAAGGAAACAUUCAAGAAAAUCUGUAAACGAAAAUGGAUCGCCUUUGAUACAAUCUAUGUUGUACACUUAUUAAAUUACAAAUAAGAUUGUUAUAA